UGCCCCGAGCCCUGCGCCUGCGUGGACAAGUACGCCCACCAGUUCGCCGACUGCGCCUACAAGGAUCUUCAAGUGGUGCCCACGGGAUUGCCCUCCAACGUGACCACCCUCAGCCUCUCGGCCAACAAGAUCACCUCGCUGCAGCGACGUUCCUUUGUGGAGGUGACCCAGGUCACCUCCCUCUGGUUGGCACACAACGAGAUCCGCUCCAUCGAGCCCGGUACCUUCGCCAUCCUGGUGCAGCUGAAAAACCUCGACAUCAGCCACAAUCAGAUUGUGGACUUCCCCUGGCAGGACCUCUACAACCUCAGCGCUCUCCAGCUGCUCAAGAUGAACAAUAACCACAUGGCUCUGGUGCCUCAGGGGGCUUUCCACACGCUGAAGGACCUCCGGUCCCUACGCAUCAACAACAACAAGUUCACCACCCUUGCAGAGGGUAUCUUUGACUCGCUUAGUUCCCUCUCCCACCUGCAGAUCUACAACAACCCCUUUGAGUGCUCCUGCAAGCUCCAGUGGUUGAAGAAGUGGAUGGACAGCACGCUCAUCUCCAUCCCCGAGAAGGACUCCAUCACUUGUGCCCUCCCGGAGCAGCUCCGAGGAGUGCCGGUGGGGAAGAUCCCAGACGUGCAGUGCACCUCGCCUACCGUGCAGCUCACCUAUUACCCCAACCUGGACACCACGGAGCUCUUUGACGGCUUCACCCUGACGCUGCACUGUGCCGUGACGGGCACCCCGCCGCCCGAAGUGAGCUGGAAGAUCCGCACCUCCAGCCAAACCCUGGAGCUCAAUGGGAACCCGAAGGAGAGCGCUGGGAAGGACCUCCCCAAACAGGACCCCGAGCGCUUCUUGGUCUUCAAGAAUGGCACGUUGGUGAUUCCCCACCUGAGCAAGCGGGAAGAAGGCACCUACACCUGCCUGGCCACCAACGAAAUAGGGAGCAACCAGACCUCGGUCAACGUGGCUGUGGCGGGCACUCAGAAAUACCCACUGCAGCCCGGGAGGGACCCACUGGGGGGCAAAGCACAGCCAGGUGACAAGAAGCCUGGGGCCAAGGGAGCAAAGAACAGUGUGCUCAUGCCAGAUGAGAGGAACAAACCUCUCGGUCCCACCCGGCAGAGCCAACCAUCCUCAGCAGCUGGGACAGAGUCCACAGGAGAUGGGCAAGUCCCUUUCCAGCUUCCACCCUUUGAGAAGAAGUGUGGCUCCGCACAAACCAGCAAAUACAUUUCCAACCACGCCUUCAACCAGAGCGGCGAUUUCAAGCAGCACACGUUCGACCUGGGGGUGAUCGCCUUAGAUGUGUCGGAGCGCGAUGCCCGGGUGCAGCUCACACCCACCUACAUGCAGCCUGAGAAGGUCCACCUCAGGAUGCUUUACCUGUGCCAGGAGAGCAGCCAGGGCCACGCCUUAGUCCAGUGGUCCAAGAUCGAGGAAGGGGUGAACUCAUACUGGUUCCAGGGCUUGAACCCCGGCACCAACUACUCCGUGUGUCUCACCUACCUGGGGGAGGACUGCCAGGUACAAGUGGUCUUCACCACCAAAAAAGAGAUCCCCUCGCUCAUCAUCAUCGUGGUCGUGAGCAUCUUCUUGCUGGUGCUGGCCACCUUACCCCUGAUGGGGGCCACGUGGUGCCACCUCCUCUCCAAGUACCAAGGGAAGACCUACAAGCUCAUCAUGAAGGCCCAGAACCCGGACCAGAUGGAGAAGCACAUGGCUGCCGACUUCGACCCCCGCGCCUCCUACCUGGAGUCCGAGAAGAACUACAAUCCCAGCGAGGUGGGGGAAGCGGACGUGGAGGAAGAAGACGAGGAGGAGGAGGAUGACGACGAAGGAGGCAGGCGGAGGAGGAGGAGAGAAGCUGAAGGGGCUCCGGAGCUGGAGCGAGAGGAGAGCGUGGCAGCCAGCUCCAUGGUGGAGUCGCAAUCCAAAGCCAACG